UUUGCAUGAAAUGAUAAAAAAUAAAAUCCAUUUUAAAAAUCUAUCGAAAUACUUAAACAUUGAUUAUUUUUACUCAUUUGAUAGUCCAAACACCAUAAGGGCUAAAUAAAAUAUAAUCGCUAGUCGGUUUUGCACAACCCUAUGAAUCAUACACGGACGCAUAGUAUUUAAAUGUUUUCUCCUCCUCCUCUCACAAUCAGUCUUGAUCUGCUAUGUAACGCAGUCGAGUGCUUUCUGGUCCUCUUAUACUAACCCACAUUACUUUAAUUUAAAAUUGAAGUAGGUGGUUUUUUGCAAUUAAUCAGAAAAAUGCUUCCUCGUUUUAUUCUGAUACUCGUCUGCUUGUUCUUCGCGACUUGCUCUGCUCAAUACAACCAGUAUAACCCGCCGUACUACCCAGAUCUUCAAGACGUGCUCAAGCCUCAACAAAAAAACUACGAAUCAAGGUACAAUGGAGAGGCAAGAAGCCAAGCUGCGAAGAACUUCCCGGCGCCUUUGAUUGAAUAUCAACCUACCAUUUGGGAGUUAAAUUUAGAACUGAAAACUCACCGGAAAAACACCGAAUCAAAUUUCCAAACUCUGUGGCACGAAAUGGAGCUGAUUAAUAACCGCCAGAUUAGUAUGGAGGAUCAGGUGAUGCAGAAGACAAAGAAACUUGUGCAGGAACACACAGAAAAAUUCGUCCUUUUAAUAUCAAAGAAAUUCUUGGGAGAGCUGAAUAAUCAGCUCGUGAAAUUGAAACCAGACAUCAACAAAAUUAUAUCUCAACGAAAUUCGGAACGAGAAGCAACCAAAUCAAAUAUCAACAUGUUGCAAAAUGAGUUUGGAUCCCUAAAAAAUGAGCAGACUUAUUUCAAGGAUGAAUUGCAGAGAGUCAUAGAAACGAUAAAGAAACAGGACGUAAAAUCAAAUUCAGACAUCAACAAAUUAAAAUCUCAGCUGGAUUCAGACCGGAAAGCGACCAAAUCAAAUAUUACCACGUUGCGAAAUGCGUUUGGAACCCUGCAAAAUGAGCAAAAAUAUUUGAAGGCUGGCUUGCAGAAAUUCGUAAAAGAUGAGCUGAGAAAUCAGGACGCAAAAUCAACUUUAGACCUCGACAAAUUGAAAUUUCAGCUGAACUCUGACUGGGAAGCGACCAAUUCAAAUAUCACUACGUUGCAAAAUAAGUUUGAAGCCUUGAAAAUUGAUCAGGAUAAUUUGAAGGCUGCAUUACCGAAAUUCGUAGGAGAGCUGAAGUAUCAGGACGUGAUAUCUAAAUCAGACAUCAAAAAAUUAAAAUCCCAGCUGGAUUCAGACCGAGAAGCAACCAACUCAAGUAUCACCGCGUUGCAAAUUGUGUUUGGAACCCUUAAAAAUGAGCAAACUGAUUUUAAGGUAAUUAAUUUAUUUCUUAUUUUCACGAAAAAUUCAAAUUUCACUCUAUUAUGAAAGGAUGAAUUGCAGAAAGUCGUAGGA